AUGAAGCGGAGAGCAUCAGACAGAGGAGCUGGGGAAACGUCGGCCAGGGCGAAGGCUCUAGGAAGUGGGAUUUCUGGAAAUAAUGCCAAGAGAGCUGGACCAUUCAUCCUGGGUCCCCGUCUGGGCAACUCACCGGUGCCAAGCAUCGUGCAGUGUUUGGCGAGGAAGGAUGGCACAGAUGACUUCUAUCAGCUGAAGAUCCUUACCCUUGAGGAGAGGGGCGACCAAGGAAUUGAAAGCCAAGAGGAGAGGCAAGGCAAGAUGCUGCUGCACACCGAGUACUCGCUGCUCUCCCUCCUCCACACGCAGGACGGGGUGGUUCACCACCACGGGCUCUUCCAGGACCGCACCUGUGAAGUGGUUGAGGACACAGAAUCCAGCCGAAUGGUUAAGAAGAUGAAGAAGCGCAUCUGCCUCGUCCUCGACUGCCUCUGCGCGCACGACUUCAGCGACAAGACGGCCGACCUGAUCAACCUGCAGCAUUACGUUAUCAAAGAGAAGAGGCUCAGCGAGCGGGAGACCGUGGUCAUCUUCUACGACGUGGUGCGCGUGGUGGAGGCCCUACACCAGAAAAACAUCGUGCACAGAGACCUGAAGCUAGGGAACAUGGUGCUCAAUAAGAGGACACAUCGGAUAACCAUCACCAACUUCUGCCUCGGGAAGCAUCUCGUGAGCGAGGGGGACCUGUUGAAGGACCAGCGGGGGAGCCCUGCCUACAUCAGUCCAGACGUGCUCAGUGGCCGGCCGUACCGGGGCAAGCCCAGUGACAUGUGGGCCCUGGGCGUGGUGCUGUUCACCAUGCUCUACGGCCAGUUCCCCUUCUACGACAGCAUCCCGCAGGAGCUCUUCCGCAAGAUCAAGGCCGCCGAGUACACCAUCCCCGAGGACGGCCGGGUUUCUGAGAACACCGUGUGUCUCAUCCGGAAGCUGCUCGUCCUCGACCCCCAGCAGCGCCUGGCCGCCGCCGCCGUCCUGGAGGCCCUCAGCGCCACCAUCGCGUCGUGGUGCUCCCUGUCUUCUCUGAGCGGGCCUCUGCAGGUGGUUCCUGACAUCGACGACCAAAUGAGCAACGCAGACAGCUCCCAGGAGGCAAAGGUGACAGAGGAGAGCUCUCAGUAUGAAUUUGAGAACUACAUGCGGCAACAGCUGCUGCUGGCCGAGGAGAAGAGCUCCGGACACGAGGCCCGCGGCUGGGCGCCCAAGCGGCCGUCGGGGGCGGGGGUGCCGCCCGUGCGCCGGCUGGGCCACGAUGCGCAGCCCGUGAACCCCCUGGACGCGGCCAUCCUGGCCCAGCGCUACCUGCGGAAAUAG